UUCUGUUGGAUAGAAACUGACAAAGGACUAGAAAAUUCUUUCGCGGUAAUUCGCAUUUAUGCCUGAUUUCGCGGGCCACGGCAAUUCGGUAAAACUUUGACCGCGUCGCGAAAAUCCCGUCCCGUCGCGAGAUUGAAACGCAGCUUGAGUAUUAGACUUUUAUUCGUAGGUAAUUUUGCGUGUGUUCGUCAGCCGGUUUCUCAAAAAAUAUGGCGGACGCUGAGCUAGCCAGAGCCUUAAAGGAUCUACCGAACCGGGUGCAAACUGCAAGCAAAAACGAGCGCCGUUAUAUAUUCAAAAAUGUCGUCGACGUGUUGUCAAAUCCAGGUAUCAACGAAAAGAUCAUUGGAGGAAUAUGCAAAGUUGUAUCAAUUACCUUGCAUCGAUAUAAGGAAACUUCAUCACAGUCUUACGUGAGCAACCUGAUAGUAGCUUUGCUAAAGAAACAGCCAGAUGCAACAGUCAGAUUUAUGACCAGCGCAAUAGCAGAGCAGGCUGCUUGGCAUAAGAAUUUAGUGCCGACAUUGAACACGUCAUUGACUGCCUACCUGACCCUCAAAUGGUCAGGAUUGGUCCUUGUUCAUGGCAUUAACAAGGGCUCUGAAUCAUGCUAUGCAGAGUUAUCCAAGCUGGUUGAAGCACAGGCCAGUUUAACUGCAGGGGCAUUGGCCUGUGGGGAUAAGAAACUCUCUGAAAAAGUUUACAGGCUUCUUACACACGGAUGGAAAACCGUCAAGGGUAUUGACGAGAAAUACGUUGACAUCCUGCUAAAAGCAGAGGUAUCCACUGGGCUUGUUGUUCUGGCGAGCUUGCUGAUCAAGUAUUUGAUUCAUACGAAAAAGGAUUCGCUCGCCGACAAACUGAAGACAAAUGUUCUAGAUGCGUUAAUCAAAGUUAGCGUCAGCUGCAAAAAGAAGCCCGACCUUUAUGUCGUAGAUGCGGCAGUUCCGCUGCUUAAGAGGGUUACCCAUGACGAAUUUAAGAAUCAGCUCCUACCUGCCCUGCAGAAAGCAAUGCUACGUAACCCUGAGAUUAUCAUCGAGGCUGUUGGUCACAUACUGAGUGGAGUGAGCCUCGAUUUGAGUAAAUACAGUCAGGAUAUCAGCAAAGGAUUAUUCGCGAAUUUGCAUUCCAAAGAAGAUCUUGUGCGAGAAGAAUCUGUGGAUGCAUGUCGGCGACUUGCUCUUCAGUGUUCAGAUGCAGCAGCCAUCGAGGGUUUGCUAACGUCGCUUUUUGCCGUGUUUCACGGCUCGGAAGGAAAGCUAACAGUUGUCACGCAUAAAAUAUCCGUUCUUCAGGGUGCCGGUAAUCUCAGCUACAACGCAGUUUCUGGGAGCAAUAUUCAGAAGCUUGCAGAGACGGCUUGCACUCACUUCAUCAAAGUCUUGGAUACAGAAGUGCAUGAGAAGACCUUGAUUCACGCUUUGGAGAUGAUGGUACUUUGGUGCAACAAAUUUGCUAACGAGGUACCUAAAAUUGUAAUCGAGUCUUUCAAAAAGGGAAUGGCGGCAAAGACUUCAACUCCAAGUGUCCGUGCUGCAUACAUCAAAUCUCUGUUCAGCACUCCAAUGGCAUCUCACUCGCAAGUCAUCGCUCCGAUUCUUAGUCAAGCGAUAACAAGGGCUGCGCAGCAGUCCACCAAUCCUGCGGCAGUGGCCGAGGGAUUAGCAGCCGCAUAUUUGAUACUGAAGCUUAUAUUGGCGGGGGAAGUUGAAAAUGAUAAGCAAACAAUAUUGUGGAACGCUGUGGAUGAUCAAUUGUUCUUUUCGGAAAAGUUUCUCAUUUCAUGCGGGGACGACGCGUUGUUCAAUAUAAUGCUAGUAUGCGAACGACUUUUACUCCAAUUUUCUAAUAGAUUGAGCGAGAAAGCUUUGGCAGGCAUAAAUAGGGCUAUUGUUGCUUGUGUAACGACUGCUAAAUCGACAACUAGAAGACGUUGCGCACCAUUGCUCAAAAAAGUUUUGACCGGUUUGAGUAGUUACGAACCUGCCGAAGCUUUGCUGGCAGAGUUUGAUAAAUUUUUGGAAGUUGCCAAGAUUAGAACUGAGGCUGAGAAAGAGAGCAAAGACGAAUUAGUGACCGGCGAAGUCACUGGACGAGCAUUAGCUGACGGACUGUUGGCCAUUUGUUCCGGAUCUUUUCUAUUUGAGGUAGCAGCCAUGCAAAUGGUUAGAGAUUCAUUGAUUCCUGCUCAUCAUCCAGUGAUUUUGAAAGCUGUACCAAAUUUAUGGUUCAAGAUUGUUAAGAACUUUAAUCUUAUACCAAGAGAAUUUUGUAGGACUUUUGGCAAUGAAAUUAGGAAGACCUUUGUUCAGAACUAUAAAUCCGUUCAGAGUUACGAGAAUGCCCUGGCUAGAGUCGUCUCUCUUGCCCCAGAUGUCAUACUUCCGGCCUUGAUUGUAAACGUUACUAGCAAAUUAGACGACCCUGAAAUUCUCAAGAUAACUAAAGACGAAUAUUUCACGUAUUUAACUCCCGAGGGGGAACUCUAUGACAAAUCCGUGAUACCGGGCAAUGACGAAAACGAAAUUCUAAACGCUAUGAAUAUGAAGCGAGAAAGCAAAGUGUAUUCUUUUAAAGAACAGCAAGAGGAGCUGCAGUUGCGACGAGAACUUUAUGAGAAGCGCAAACGGGAAGGAAAGAUAAAGGAACCUAAACUCACGCCGAAACAAGAAGAAGCUCUAAAAGUUCAGACCGCAAAGGAGAAUGCAAUUAGAGCAAGACUCACAGGAUUAAAUUCAAAAAUCACUGAAGCUGUCUCUAUGGUUAAUGCAGCAGCACGUGGCAAUGGGACUGAGCUAUCUCUGUAUUUCAAAGACCUUCUGCCAUCUACACUCAGGAACUUAGGCUCGCCAUUGGCAGCUCCAAUGCUCGCAGAACUCUUCAUUGGCCUUGGAAACACCGUGAAAAUCGGCAAUAAUGCAACGUUUCCUCAUCUGAUAGCCCACGUCACCCUACGUCAGUUGAAACCACAAUGUGAUCUCAACGAGGCUUGGGAAGAUGAGGCUUUGGAUCAUGCUGUGAAAAGGACCCUGGGUCUGCUGCACCAGGUCACUGUAAAACAAAAGCUGAAUCCAACAGCGUCAGCAUUUUGCUACUUUUUCCCGUUCAUAAACACUACUCUUUUAUCCAGCAAAGAUGAUUCGAUUAUUAGCCAGGGGCUGCAGAUUAUUCAGGACCACGCAAAGCUCAGAGGCGACGACGAUAAUCCUAAAAAUCCAAAACAUCCCAGACUUCUUCCCAGAAGACAGAUGUUCAACCUCUUGAUCGAGCUCAUAAGCACCACCACAGGGCGAGUCCAGUCCCAAGCAGUAGCAACUCUACUUGAUGUUGCUUAUUCGGGGAGUGCUGCUCCUGGCACUGCGACAGCGACCUUGGGCGAAAUCGAGUCUCUGACUGGAGCCUUGCAAAAUCCAUUGCCAGUUGUGAGAGAUGCGGCAUUGCGAGGACUCACUGUUGUUCGUCAAGCUUUUCCAAGUGAAAAGGAAGACUACUUGCAGGCAUUGAGACUAACGCGAAGGAUUUGGGUUGCCAAGUUUGAUGUUACUGAGGAGAAUAGGGCCUUGGCUGAAGAGCUUUGGAAUUCUGCGGGACUUGUGGCAGACUGCGAAGCAUUGAGCGAAGCGCUAAUGGAUGAUGUUGCUCACCCUGUUGAAGCUGUACAACAAGCAGCUGCUGGAGCGUUGGCACAAUUGUUAACGAUUGAACAGCGCUUGAUGCCACCGAUACUUGAGCGACUCUUAGAAUUAUAUCAAGAUAAAUUGGCUAUGAUUCCUCCAAAGUUGGAUGACUUUGGUAGAGUCAUUGAGCAGCCCAUUGAUAUGUGGGGACCUCGGCGAGGCGUCGCUUUGGCGCUGGCUCAACUAGCCCCGCUUUUGACACCUGAAACUGUUCGGUGUUUGGUACAAUUCUUUGUUUCUACCGGUUUAGGUGAUAGGAAUCAGGCCGUUCGUAAAGAGAUGCUUGCUGCUGCUGUCGCUGCUGUUGAUUUACACGGUAAAGCAAAUAUCACUUCUUUACUGCCUGUUUUUGAGGAGUUUAUGGAUAAGGCACCAAAGAGCGGUAGCUUCGACUCCAUCAGACAAUCAGUCGUUAUUUUGAUGGGACUGUUGGCCAGACAUCUGGAUAAGGAUGAUGCAAGAAUCAAACCGAUUGUUCUACGCUUAGUAUCAGCUCUGUCGACACCGUCUCAACAGGUUCAAGAAGCCGUUGCUAAUUGUCUACCACAUCUGGUUCCAUCUAUAAAGGAUGACGCUCCUGGUAUAGUGCAAAAGCUUUUACAUCAGCUUCUAAAAUCCGAUAAAUAUGGAGAUCGCAAAGGUGCUGCUUACGGCUUGGCCGGCCUUGUCAAGGGCAUGGGAAUCCUCGCGCUUAAGCAGCUCGACAUUAUGACUACUUUGACAAACGCUAUUCAGGACAAGAAAAAUUACAGGCAUAGAGAGGGCGCAUUGUUUGCUUUUGAAAUGCUGUGCACUAUGCUAGGGAGGCUUUUUGAACCAUACAUUGUCCAUGUCCUACCUCAUCUGUUACUUUGCUUUGGGGAUUCAAGUCAGUACGUCAGAGCAGCCACUGAUGACACAGCAAGAGUUGUUAUGAGCAAACUUUCGGCUCAUGGAGUUAAACUUGUUCUUCCCAGUCUUCUAGCCGCUCUGGAAGAAGAUUCGUGGAGAACAAAGACAGGAUCCGUUGAGCUGCUUGGUGCCAUGGCAUAUUGUGCCCCAAAACAAUUGAGCAGCUGUCUGCCGAGUAUCGUGCCAAAGCUUAUCGAAGUUCUAAGUGAUUCUCACAUGAAAGUGCAAGAGGCUGGAGCUGAAGCAUUGAAGGUGAUAGGUAGCGUAAUUCGAAACCCAGAAAUCCAAGCGAUUGUACCUGUACUUUUGGAAGCUCUGCAAGAUCCGUCUCACAAAACUGCAACCUGCUUACAAACUCUGCUCGAUACUCAGUUUGUCCAUUUCAUAGACGCUCCGUCGCUAGCCUUAAUUAUGCCUGUAGUCCAAAGGGCGUUUAUGGAUCGUUCAACGGAGACCAGAAAAAUGGCUGCACAGAUUAUUGGGAAUAUGUAUUCAUUGACGGAUCAGAAAGAUCUCACGCCUUAUCUUCCUACCAUCAUACCUGGCCUCAAAACCAGUCUGCUCGAUCCUGUGCCUGAGGUAAGAAGCGUUUCUGCCAGAGCUCUAGGUGCUAUGGUGCGUGGAAUGGGAGAAUCUAGCUUCGAAGACCUACUGCCAUGGCUAAUGCAGACGCUCACAUCAGAAACCAGCAGUGUUGAUAGAUCAGGGGCUGCUCAGGGUUUGUCUGAAGUUGUUAGAGGUCUGGGGGUUGAAAAACUUCACAAACUUAUGCCAGAGAUCAUAAGUACAGCGGAAAGAACAGACAUAGCACCUCAUGUCAAGGAUGGAUAUAUAAUGAUGUUUAUUUACAUGCCUAGUGCUUUUACUACGGAAUUUACACCCUACAUUGGUCAGAUUAUCAAUCCAAUUCUAAAGGCUUUGGCCGACGAGAAUGAAUAUGUUCGGGAAACCGCUCUGAAAGCUGGACAGAGGAUUGUAACGCUGUACGCUGACUCGGCGAUAAUGUUACUUUUACCUGAGCUGGAGAGGGGUCUGUUUGAUGACAACUGGAGAAUCAGAUACUCUUCGGUUCAACUUUUGGGAGAUUUGCUGUACAGAAUUUCUGGUGUUUCUGGUAAGAUGUCUACCGAAACUGCCAGUGAAGAUGAUAAUUUUGGAACAGAACAGUCACACUAUGCAAUUAUCAACGCUCUUGGUGCCGAGAGAAGAAACAGGGUGUUGGCUGGCCUCUAUAUGGGUCGUUCAGACGUUGCUCUUAUGGUCAGACAGGCUGCUCUUCACGUUUGGAAGGUGGUUGUGACAAAUACUCCAAGAACGCUGCGAGAAAUAUUACCUACGCUGUUCAGUCUUCUACUCGGAUGUCUCGCCAGCACCAGCUAUGACAAACGCCAGGUUGCUGCUCGAACUUUGGGUGAUUUGGUGAGAAAAUUGGGCGAACGAGUUCUUCCUGAGAUUAUACCCAUCUUAGAAAGAGGUCUGCAAAGUGAACAGGCUGAUCAGAGGCAAGGUGUCUGCAUUGGACUCUCGGAAAUCAUGGCUAGCACCAGCAAAGAUAUGGUUCUUACAUUCGUCAAUAGUCUCGUCCCCACUGUUAGGAAAGCCCUAUGCGAUCCGCUUCCCGAGGUCAGACAAGCGGCUGCCAAGACAUUCGACAGCUUGCAUUCAACAGUCGGUGUUCGUGCUCUGGACGACAUUCUACCUGCCAUGUUGAAUCAACUGAACUCUCCCGAUCAAUCAGAGGCUGAAAACACUUUGGACGGUCUCCGUCAAGUUAUGGCAAUCAAGUCUAGAGUCGUUCUUCCAUAUCUCGUUCCUCAACUAACCGCUCCUCCUGUGAAUACAAAGGCUCUGUCGAUACUGGCUAGUGUAGCUGGCGAGGCUCUAACGAGAUUUCUUCACAAAAUCUUACCUGCUUUGUUGACCGCGUUGUCAAGUGCUCAGGGCACUCAGAACGAGGUGCAAGAACUCGAAUACUGCCAGGCUGUUGUCCUGUCUGUAACCGAUGAAGUAGGUGUGAGAACAGUUAUGGAUCAGCUGAUGGAAGCGACGAGAUCUGAGGAUCCAUCUCGUCGCAGAAGUGCGGCUACGCUACUGUGCGCAUUUUGCCGUGAUUCACGGGCUGACUAUAGUCAGUAUGUGCCACAGCUGCUACGUGGUUUGAUUCAUUUGUUCACCGACGACGACAAAGACGUGCUGCAGAUGAGCUGGGAGGCACUUACGGCAGUUACUAAGACGCUGGGAUCAGAUCAGCAGAUUGUACACGUUCAGGAUAUUCGUCAAGCUGUUCGUUUCGCUGUGUCUGAUUUAAAAGGACAGGAGCUACUUCCAGGAUUCUGUUUGCCCAAGGGUAUUACUCCAAUUCUUCCUAUAUUCAGGGAAGCUAUUCUCAACGGUAUGCCGGAAGCUAAAGAACAAGCCGCGCAAGGUCUGGGAGAAGUCAUUAAACUAACCAGUGCCUCUGCCCUGCAACCGAGUGUUGUACACAUCACUGGUCCCCUUAUUCGUAUUUUGGGAGAUCGAUUUAAUUGGAGCGUAAAAGCAGCGGUUCUAGAAACUCUAGCAAUAUUGUUAGGAAAGGUCGGUGUGAUGCUGAAGCAAUUUUUACCCCAACUGCAAACUACCUUCUUGAAAGCCCUGAACGACAGCAACAGACAAGUCAGAUUAAAGGCUGCUUAUGCAUUGAGCAACCUUAUCGUCAUUCAUACUCGGGCAGAUCCAUUGUUUGCGGAAUUGCAUACCGGAAUCAAGACAGCCGACGAUCCUGCAAUCAGGGAAACCAUGUUGCAAGCAUUGCGUGGCGUUCUCACACCUGCUGGUGACAAAAUGACUGAACCGAUGAGGAAACAGGUAUUUGUUACUUUGAGUAGCAUGUUGGGUUAUCCAGAAGAUGUUACAAGAAAUGCGGUUGCCGGGUGUUUCGGAGCUCUGUUGCCGUGGCUCUCUCCCGAACAACUUGCAACUGCUUACAACGACAAUCUACUUUGUGAUGACGUUAAUGCUGAUUGGAUGCUAAGGCAUGGGCGAUCGGCCGCAUUAUUUGUCGCUUUAAAAGAAGCACCGGGAAGCCUCUAUUCGGGAAAAAAUAAGGAUCGUGUCUGCAAAGUUAUUCUGUCCUACCUCUCAGCAGACAGAGUUCAAAUAGCUAUGAACGGAGUUAGGGCAUGCGGUUAUCUAUUCCAGUACCUCAUGAACGAAGAACAGCCAAUACCACAACAGAUCCUGACUCCUUUCGUCAGAUCGAUGAACCAUAGUAGCAAUGAAGUGAAACAAUUAUUAGCUCGAAUAUGUAUACAUUUGGCCCGUAAUAUUCCAUCCGAGAAAAUGUCCCCGGAACUUUUGAGGUCGCUUCUACCGAUGCUGGUUAACGGCACGAAGGAAAAGAAUGGCUAUGUCAAAGCAAACAGCGAACUUGCGCUCAUCGCCGUACUCAGACUGCGGCAAGGAGAUUCGGAACACCAGAGGUGUAUCGGACUGCUGGACGCCGGUGCGAGGGAGUCACUAUCCGACGUUGUGAGUAAAGUUCUGCGUAAAGUUCUAUCGCAGCCAGAGGGUAAGAUAGAAGAGUUGGAUGACACGUUACUCACGUGAGAGACAUUGCAACUCCCGGGGCUUAUUAAUUGUCACUUCCAUUGUUCCUACUUCCAUUGCCAAAUUAUACGGUAUCAAUCCGCUAAUUCUCAUGGUGGGGAAUCUUACUACUCAAUCUCUAGCAAUGGUGUUGUAUUUAAACUAUAUUAUCAGUGGUGUCUGUGUGUUGUUAUCGCCGAGCGAUUAGUUUACGCCGAAAAUAGGAUUAACCUUUUUAUCACGAUAUUACUCGUCAAAUUAAUAACGAAAAGAAUUAAUAAUCCUCGUUUCGGUAAUAUUCUUAAAGGCAUUUAUAAAACUUAUUGCAAACAUUUUUUACACCUUGCUCGAAGUAUCAUCGUCAGUAAUAAUGAACAUGAGAUAUUCCAAUUUAUUACCAGCGUUAACAAUUCUUAUCGAUUACUAGGCUGUUUUAACAAUAGACUAUUGAAGGAUUUUACUAUAAGAGACCGAACGACCGGUAAAUGCAAUAAUUCAUCCCACUCAGGGAAACAGAUAUCUGUUACCAUUAUGAAAGGUCCAACUUUUGUAAAAGAGAUUUUAAAGGAUCAUUUCUAUUUUAACGUUGAUCGUAAUCGGAACCUAAGAUUUGUUUUUGCAUUUGGUGAAGUUAAUAAAUAUUUUGAUUAUAAUACAGCCGGCGAUCAGAGAGAAUUUGUAAUUUUCAGUAAAAUUAAGAAAGAUUAUUCGACAUUUUUUACAAACCUCUUAUAUAAUAAAGUAGAAGUGAGGAAUUGCGUUGAUGAUGCUUUCCACGGCUCAUGCAAACGUUAUUGUCAUGAGUCGACGACAGAAAAAACGGAGAUGUUGCACUCUAGUUGGGAACGUGGUCAGUCUAUAGUAUAUGUAUCAAAAUUAGGUAUAGAAGUUGUAACAUUGAUAUUCGUACCUGUUUCGUAACAAUGCAGCACUUCUGGGCUAGUUACCAGAAAAAUCGGCUCAUUCAAUAACGAACUCGACGUUUGUUCCUUAAUACUAUAUUUUAUAUUGUAUAUUAUAUAUAAAUACGUUACAGCAUACUUUUCGAAUUUAUAUAUUUUGUUAUAUUCUUGUUAAAUCCUACUACAACAUUGUUAUGAGUAUUUUGUGUGGUGAUCCCUGUCUGACUGUUUUUUCUUCCUUUUUUUUCCAUUUCUUUUUUCACGAAAAACUGUAUUACUUUCAUCACAAGACUGGUAGAAAGGUUUGUUUCUUCCUCUUCGGACAUUUUAAUGAUCAAGAAGUCAUUAUUUUAAUCGCUCCUUUCGCAUCUACAUUUUCUUCCUCUUGUUAUCACGUCUCAAUCAUUUAUACUCUCGUAACGAAUUGUAGUCCUAAGAAAAAAAAAAAAAAAAAAGAAAACGUGACCAAGCCUGGAAGUGCGCCUCGGUGUGUUUUAGUAAAGAAAUACCCUGUAAA